AUGUCGGACCGAGGCAGAGGUAGUUUCCGAGGAGACCGUGGAGGAGGUGGACGGGGCGCACGGGGUGGACGGGGUGAGUAUCGUGGCGGCGGCGAGGGCAGGGGACGUGGUGGCGGGGACCGUGGGGACUCGUACGGAGGACGUGGCCGCGGAAGAGGAGACUACGCUGGCGGCCGUGGCGAUCGUGGGAGUGGUUUCCGUGGCGGUCGUGGCGAUCGCGGUGGUGGUCGCGGCGGUGGUGGUGGCCGGGGAGGCUUCACCGACAAGUUUGCCGGCGAGACUCAAGUCUUCACACCUCCUGGCGGCAUCCCGGCCCCCGACAACAGAGUCACCGAGCUCGAGAACAAGAUUCUCAAAGAACAUGGUGCUUCAGACAUCACGACCAAGAUGUCCAAAGUCCAGAUAUCAGGAGGCAAAGCCGAACAACCAUCGGCUGACAACUGGUUCCCGUGUCGUCCAGCUUUCGGCACGAGAGGCGUAGAAGUUACUCUGUGGGCGAACUACUUCAAGUUGGAGGUCGAGGCUCGAACCUUGGCCAAAUACUCCCUCGAUGUCUCGGGAAUACAAGACAAGAACAAGGGCCCCAAAGGACAGCCCCGCGAAGCCAAGGGGAACAAACUUCACAGCAUCAUCAAGUCCGCGCUCGAACAGGUUGGCCGGGACGUUCCCUAUGCGACCGAGUUCAAGGAUCAGGUCAUAUCUGUCACCCCUCUUUCUCUGCCUGCGAGCAAAGAGAUUGUCGUCAAGUAUACUGACGAGGGCAAAGACGACGAGUACAAGGUGAAAUUUAACGGACCGAUUGAUGUCGACCUCGGUCAACUUUCAAACUACUUGAAUUCCAUGCGGGAUCCAACUGGGAGCACCUCGUUCCCCAAAUUUGAAGACGCAAUUGAUGCCGUCUCCAUAAUUACUGGCUUCCAGGCUCGUGGCAGCGAUCAAGUUGCCUCAUUGGGACGAAGUCGGUAUUUCCUGCUCAACAAGGCGUCAGAGGCGUAUCCGAUGGGGUUCCCUGGUUUCAACACGAUUAUCCGCGGCAUCUUCCAGAGUGCUCGUCCUGCCACUGGGUAUCUACUUCUCAAUGCCAAUGUCGCUCACGGCGUGUUCCGACCCUCCGAUUUGGUUUCUGAAUUCAUGAAGAAGUUCGACACGGAUAAGCUUCAUGAACUUCACAAGCUUCUGUCAAAGCUGCGGGUCCGAUGCAAGAUCCUGACAGAAGGGAAACCGGAAGAGUUCCGAGUGUUCCAGAAGGCUAUCUGUGGUCUCGCUGACAAGCACGAUGGGACUGGCGCGAAUCGGCCCAGGGUCCCAGCCCUCGGUGCCACCCCUUCCCAGGUCUCUUUCUUCCUUCGAGCACCAGCUCCUCCUGGCAUCAAAGAGGACUCGUACUGCACCGUUGCCGACUUCUACUUGAAAAAGUACAAGUACAAGUGCCAGAACUGUCCUGUUGUCAACAUCAAAUCCAAGGUGAAUCCGGUCUACAUGCCUGCCGAACUUCUCAAGAUCAUUCCUGGUCAACCACUCCGCCGGAAGACAACACCGGAUGAAACCCGAGACAUGAUUAACUUCUCAUGUCGGUCACCGGUUGCAAACGCGACGUCCAUCUCCACUAUGGGACGCGAAUGUCUUGGGCUCGAUUCGAGCGGAGAACUCGCCGAGUUUGGUAUCACCGUCGACAAGAAGCUGCUGACGGUGAAGGGACGCGAACUUCCAACUCCACAGAUCCUCUACUUAAACAGCAAGAUGUCCCAGCAGACUCUAAACGUUUUUGAAGGAGGGUGGAACAUGCAGGAUGUUCGAUUCAUAAGACCAGGUGCUAAGAUCACCAAGUGGACGUGGGUCCAUAUUGACUUCGCUGGCCACUAUGCUCAUUCGAAGUAUGAGUUGGUAGCCGAUGCCAUGAAGGACUGGAUUGCUUUCAUGCGGACCAUGGGCAUUUCCAUUGCCGACAGUCCUCUUCAGCCUGCAGGUGCGAGGAUCGCUGUACGCCAGUCGCCGAUUGAUGACCUGAGAAACCAGUUCAAGGCCAUCAAGAAUGCAGGUGCUCAGUUCGUGUUCAUCGUCCUUCCUGGUAGGAAAACCGAGACGAGAGUCUACAAUGCGGUCAAGACUUUGGCCGAUGUCGAAUUUGGCUUUCAUACGGUCAAUGUCCUGGAAAACAAUCUCAUCAAAGGGAAGAGGGCUGUAGGAGAACCGCCGCAGCGAUCACAGCUUCAGCUGUUUGCCAACCUUGGUCUCAAGGUCAACCUCAAGAUGGGCGGUGUCAACCACAAGCUGAAGGACGACGUCAGCAUCGUAAAGGAAGGCAAGACCAUGGUUGUGGGCUACGACGUUACUCACCCGACCAAUCUGUCUGGUAACACGGACGGUCUGCCGAGCUUGGUGGGCAUGGUGGCGAGCGUUGAUUCCGAUCUGGCUCAGUGGCCAGCCACUGCCUGGGCGCAAGCUGGACGAGUGGAGAUGUUGGACGAUACCUUGGCUGAAAGGUUUGCCGAACGCCUCCGCCUGUGGCGGAGCAAGAAUAAGCAGCAACUCCCCACCAACAUCAUUAUCUUCCGAGAUGGUGUCUCAGAAGGGCAGUUCAGCCAGGUUCUUGUGAAAGAACUCCCAUUGAUCCGGCGCGGCUGCACCCAAGUCUAUCCGGCCAAUCAGCAACCAAAAAUUUCGUUGAUCGUGUCUGUGAAGCGCCACCAGACUCGGUUUUAUCCUACAGACCCCAACCACAUGGUGAAGAGCCGGAACAUCAAGAACGGCACCGUUGUCGACCGUGGCGUGACUCAGGCCACGAUGUGGGACUUCUUCCUGACAGCUCACAGUGGGCUACAAGGGACAUCCCGGCCAGCACAUUACACGAUGUUGAUUGACGAGGUCUUCCGCGACCGGUCGCGACAGGAUGCUGCCAACCAGCUGGAGAAGCUGACCUUCGAGAUGUGCCACCUUUUCGGUCGUGCAACCAAGGCCGUCAGCAUCUGCCCUCCGGCUUACUACGCUGACAUCCUCUGUACAAGACAUCGCGUCUACCUUGCCGAUCUGUUCGAGCGGUCCGACAACCAAUCUGUCCAGAGCGCCACCAGCGAGUCCCCGCAGGUCAAAAUCCACGACAACUUGAGAGACACCAUGUACUACAUCUGA